UCUCUUGUUACAUCCUUCUCUGCCACCAUCUCAACCUCUCAACCUACACAGGUUUUCAUACAACUUUGCCAACAUGUCAGAGCUCAGUGAUGCAAUGAUGAAGCUCCAGAACGUCUUUGACAAGUAUGCUGGACAAGACGGCGACAAAAAGACUUUGAGUAAGGCAGAACUCUCCAACCUACUCCGCAAUGAGUUUGCCGGGGCAAAGAACAUGAAAAGCACUGAGGUGGAAGAAUUCUUCAACGCGCUGGAUCACGAUCGUAAUGGUGUUGUUACUUUUCAGGAGUAUAUCACUUUUGUUGCAGCUCUCGCUACUGUAUGCCGUUAAAAAUAAAUGAUUCGGUCACAUUGCCUCAGAACUUUCUUGAUCCAACUUGCCCCAAAAUUUUAGAGACAUCUAGCCUAUGAAAUUCACAUUUUUAAAUGUUCUGAUAAGGAAAAUUUAGUUAAACAUGAAUCAUAGAUGGGUGCUGACUGGAUGUGUUUCACUGAUUCUGAAUGUCAUAAUGUCAUUAACAAAGAAACAAAAAUAAAUGUCACAUUUUUUUUGAA